UUAAAACGCACCAACAAAUGAUUUCUGUCGAGGUGUUUUGUUAUGGUAAUUUUCUGAUUUUUUAAAUGAUUUUCCUUUCAUAAGGAAUAUACGUAUACAGGAAAUAACCACACAAAGAAAACGAGGAAAAUUCUUUAAUCAUGAGCUCCGUUACUAGAAUGAAGUAUGGUCCAUUAAUCGGAGCCAUAGAUGAAGGAACAUCAAGCACUAGAUUUCUUGUAUUUGCUUCCAAAACAGCAGAAGUCCUUACUUACCAUCAGGUAGACAUUCCUUCCAUUGUACCUAAAGAAGGAUGGUUUGAACAAGAUCCCAUGGUUAUCCUUCAUGCUGUAAAAGAAACUAUAGAAGUUACUUGUGAUAAUUUACAAAAAUUAAAUAUUGAUUAUGCAGAUAUUGUAAGUGUUGGAAUAACUAAUCAAAGGGAGACAACUGUUUUGUGGGAUAAAAAUACUGGACAGCCUUUAUGUAAUGCUAUAGUAUGGAUGGAUAUGAGAACGUCUAGUACAGUAGAUGAAAUAUUAAAACAUGGUAAGCGACGACAAGAUUUUCUCCAAAAUAUAUGUGGUCUUCCUGUUAGUACAUAUUUUAGUGCUCUUAAAAUUAAAUGGAUGAUGGAUAAUGUUCCGGAAGUUAAGAAAGCAAUAGAUGAAGAUAGGUGUUUGUUUGGAAAUAUUGAUACGUGGUUAAUAUGGAAUCUAACUGGAGGUGUUGAUUGUGGUAUGCAUAUCACAGAUGUCACAAAUGCUUCCAGGACAAUGUUGAUGAAUAUUGAAACGUUAAAAUGGGAUAAGAAAUUGUGUGACGUUUUUGGAAUUCCAAUGAAAAUCUUGCCAGAAAUUAAAAGUUCCUCGGAAAUAUACGGAGUUAUAGUUAUGGACAUGAAAUUGAGUGGAGUACCUAUAGCUGGGAUUUUAGGUGAUCAGCAAGCCGCCCUAGUCGGACAGAUGUGUUUGAAGUCAGGCCAAGCGAAAAGUACUUAUGGUACCGGUUGUUUUAUACUGUAUAACACUGGAUAUUCUAUAGUGAGAUCGAAUCAUGGAUUACUUACUACAGUUGGUUACCAAUUUGGAAAAAAAGCAAAACCAGUAUUUGCCUUAGAAGGAUCAGUAGCUAUUGCCGGUAUAUCAAUAACAUGGUUACGUGAUAAUUUGCACAUCAUAAAAGAUGUAUCAGAAUCAACUGAAAUAGCCCAGUCAGUAGAUGAAACGGGAGAAGUUGUUUUUGUUCCUGCCUUUUCUGGUUUAUAUGCUCCAUAUUGGAGGAAAGAUGCAAGAAGUGUAAUUUGUGGAAUAUCGGAUGAAACGAAACCAGGUCAUUUCGUAAAAGCAGCUCUUGAAGCAGUUUGCUUUCAAGUCAGAGAUGUUCUUGAAGCUAUGGCGUUAGACUGUAGAUAUCCACUUCAGAAAUUACUAGUCGACGGAGGAAUGACGAAGAACGAUUAUCUUAUGCAAAUGCAAGCGGAUUAUUGUGGAAUUCCAGUUGUGAGACCAACAAUGACUGAAACAACAUCAUUAGGAGCUGCAAUAGCGGCGGGUAUAGCAGAAGGAGUCGAAGUGUGGCAAAUUGACAAAAUACUUCCAGUGCCUUGUGAUAAUUUCACACCGCAAAUAUCAGAAAAUUUAAGAGAUAUAAAGUACUCAAGAUGGAAAAUGGCUAUUGCUAGAAGUUUAGGAUGGGCAAAACCUGCUGAGUCAAAUGGUGAUUUAAAAAGAAAAAUUGUAUCAGCUGUGCCUGCAGGACUGUUUGUUAUUGGAGUAGCAGCAAUUAUAGUAAUUUCUGAAAUUAUUAAUAAACCUUAACGACGACUUGGUCAAGGAUAAAAAAAAAUGUAAAUGUGUAGAUCUGAAAGCAGUUUUCCGGUACUUAUAAGUUAUAUCAAAGUUAUGUGGUCGUCAAUAUUAAGUGUAAAACAGUAUUAUGUUUUUCAAUAAAGAAAAAGAAAGUAGGGUAUAACGAUAAGCAAGAAUAAAGUAGACGUGAGUUACUUACAUGAUUUUUAUUAUAGAAGUUAUUUUGUCAUAAGAUUUUUGUGCCAUAAAAAUAAUCACACUUGUGUUAUGUCGAUACGAGGUACGUAAUCCAGUUCAUAGCAAAUUCUGCAUUUAAUAGGCAUGUUAUGUGGAGAUAUCUGUAAGGAUAAAAAAUAAUGCUCUAAAGUGUAUACACUAAAAGGAACGAAAUGAUUUAUUAUUUCGAUACCUGAUACAUUUACCAAAAAGUUUUUGGUACAUUUUUUUUUGAUAAAUCAAAAUUUUCUAUUGUUCGUUCAGAAGUUGUUGCAAAAGUUUUAUUAUCGGAACAUUUUUAUGGCAAAAAUAAUUAAGCGAACCAAAUAAUUUUAGUGUAUACUUACUCUGCCGGUAUUUUAGAAUGAUGCAUGGUGUUCUUGAUACAUAAAAAUUGUAUUGUCUAUAGGGCACACUUCACUCAGUGGCGUCGUCGUUGACUUCUUCGUCUCGUGGAGAGGGUGCCGAACUGAUAUCAUCGACGUGGAUCAGCAGGUCGACGUCUUGAUCUUUGUAACCUUAUAGGCUGCUCUGAUGAUGGAAUGGGAGCCUAUCCAGGUCUCUCCGAAUUUCCCUCUAACAUGGUUACGGAUAAGGACCUGCUCGCCUGGGACGUAUCGAAGUGGAUGACCGGCUUCUGGAUUGUCGGAGAAUAGAUUCCGGGCGUAGAUAGUCGCUGUCUGGACGGCUUGCUGGAUUCUCUGUUCCCUCGUCUCCUGGCCUCUAAGUUGGUCCUUGAGAGCGUCUCGGGCGGUGCCAAAGGAAAAGUUCAGCUGGGGUUUGACCUGUGGCGCUGUUGGCUCGGGUCCUCAGGUUGAAGAUGCAACAUUGGUAUCCCAACUUGGAUUCUGGGGUGAACUCACUCGGGCUCUAAGUCCUUUCUUCAGCGUGCUUGACGACAUCCUUGGACAGGGUGGACCAGUAUUACAGGUAGAUGGCUCUUCUUAGGUCUGUAGUUAAUUCUCUCUGGCGUUUAGUUUGCGACUGCGACAGAUGAAACGUCACGAAAUACUAGUGCUAAACCACGAUGUAUAAACCGAGAAUACAAUAAUCAGUUUUUCUAAUUGAACAUCAAGGAUAUAAGAGUAAUUGGUGUUGGGAUGACUCCUAGGACUAGUUUUAAAGCUACUAAAAGGCAUUGGCUUCACAUAUUUAUAGAUUCUAAUAUAAAUACUCUAAUAUGACUUUUCCGGAAAAGCCCAAAAACUUACGGGAAUGUGUUAGGAAUAGAAAUAAUAAUCAGUUAUAUCGAUUAUGAGCGAGUUACGUUACUUUUUGUACUGUAUUUUUAAUAAUACAAUAUGUUGAGUAUUUAAUAACUGCAACAAUUAUGUAUAUUUACGGGUAAAACGUUACCAACCAAGAGACUUGGUCAUUCAUUAAGGUAUGUAUAGAUAUGCGCGCCGCGCAUUUCGCGCCGUGUGUACGCCGUGCGUUCUUGGCGUACCGCACACACGGCGCGAAGUGUUCGGUGCGCAUAUCUUUACGUACCUUUACAGUGUUCAAUUCAAAACGUUGUAUUUUCACAUUGUCAGUCUUUCUAUAUAAGUAAAUUAUUUAUUAUUAUAAUGUUCUAUCUGGUAUUGCUAGCAAUAUGCAUUUUAGAUUCAAUGAUCAAGGAUUAGGUCUCUGAAGCUAUAAAUAUACAGGUGAAGUCGCUAUAUUGUUCUUUUUAGAAGCUUAACUUAAUGUCGGUAGCAAAUUUGAACAUUAUUUAUGACCUUUAAUGAGAAUUAACCACAAUUUUAGUUGAAAAUACGUUUAUUUGACCCUUCCAUUUCCACUGCGGAGUGACAAUCGGGAAACCUUAUUUUCAACUGAAAUUGUGACAUUUCUUUUAAAGAUAAUGAAUAUUGAGAAUAUCGUGCAUUUUACUUUUGUAUUUUGUUUCAUAAAUGUGAUUUUGUUGUAUGUCAAUAUGAUUUAUGUUAACUUGGUUGUUCUUGUUAAGCUGUGAGUAGAUUUUGUAGUUCGGAGCUGUGAUUGUAAAUUAUGAAAUAUUGUGAAUAAAACGAAUUUGUUAAUGUUA